AUGGGGAAGAAGAAACGAGCACCUGGGCUGAGAUUCCUUGUGCACCGAUGGUCAGCCGAAAAAGAACAGCGACGCAACAAAAAAAAGAACAGCGCAUUCACAGAGAAGAAAUUCCUGGCGGCCACUUUAAAAACAAAGAAAUCUAACCCUAAAUCUAACAUUGAUGUUGGAGCUUUUUCUCACGGUGGCUUUCUCGGCGGCGCCGCUCACCCUCUACUUCCCGCCGAUCCGAACCCUGAAUCCGUUCAUCCGCACGGCGAAUCAUCUUCUCUAGGACUCGAUCUCCUACGCCGUCGAUAUCUACCCGCGCCUCCGCCUCGCCGUCUCGCGGCUCGUCUCCCCCAGUCGCGCCGCUGCCUCCAGAAGGUAGACUUUUCAAUUCUCGGUAAAUCGGACGGCCGUUCUGUGACCGAUCUCUGUAUUAUUUCACUACUUCUGUUGUCAACGCGAGAAAAAAGUUCGGAUCGGAUUGAGGAUUAG